CCUUCAUGCGCGCCGGGGCUGCGCGCGGUUGGAGGCUCGCCAUUGGCCGAGCCGCCUGUCGCUCGCCCGCGUCGCCAGGGUUACAGCCCUGCCAUUCGCCAGCGCCUCCUGUCAGUCACGCCCCCGCCGGAGCGCUGACGCGCCAUUGGCGGAGAGGCAAGUUCCGCUUGCGUUCUUCCCAAACUAUUUUCAGCCUCUAGUGCCGCUUGCGUCAAACGUCGUUUGUAUGAUGACGUCAUGGUCACGAAACAACGCGUCGGGCAAAGCUGCUGGGGAGUGACGUUAAAAGCACAUUGUGGCCGCUUUAGCAAAGCACCGAACCGCCACUUGGCCCGGGCGGCGGCGGCGGGCGGGCGGACCGACCGACCGACCGACGUACGCAUGGCGUCCGUGGCAGCCUUUUUCUGCUUGCAUGUGACGCGCCUGUGCCGACAGGAGGCAGCAGAGUUUCACCUCGCGACAGGACUGGCCCCUCACUUAGAAAGCACCUAUGACAACAUUAUCCAUCCGUAGUUCCUCUCAAGAGUACGUACACUCUGUAGUACUGCAGUAGAGAGAAUAAAGUGAAAAUACGGGAACGUUCGUAAAAGUUCGGUAAGGAAGGGUAUGUUGAAGCGGCUUUAACCGUUUUGAUCAUUUGAAAAUAAUAGCAAGAACUGACUCGACUUUCCUGUUGAACAAAAAAUCCUUUGCUCAUGUUGAAAAGUGGGUCGAUAAGUCAAUGAUCAUUUCAAAAGAAAAACAAUCGGAUCGUUUUCAGAUACAGUAUCGGUAUGCAGAUAAAGGAAAAAGCUUAUAGCUUGGAAAGUUUUCAAAUACGGGGAAAGUAUUUCAGCCCACUUCACUGCUGCGACGUGUUGAGGCCGCCGCGGUGGAAUGUGUCAUGCAGUACUGGUGACAUCCAGCGGCUGGCGGUGGCUCCUGAAAAUUUGCAAACAAUAACCCACAAACAGAUGACUCCAUGUUUGGGAGUGAUGCGAGCCGCCCCGCUCACUCACUCUUUGUUUGAGCUUAUGCCGUCCCAAAGUGAAGUUGAGGGUCAAGCAAAAUGAUCACCAGUGCAAUGGCACGCAAAUGAUGACAUGGCCCCAUGUCCAGCGUGGAGCCCCAUAUGGUGCUGGCUGGUCUCGGUGGGGGAGGUUGGGUCGCUGACUGCCGCGCCGACUCGUCCCACCGGCUCCAUCAAAGCCCGGGGAGCCUUUGAAGGCUUGAUAGGGAUCAAUGGACGAGGGGAAGCGCUCCUGACGGACGGACGGAGAAGGCCUUUUCAGACGGGGCGGCAACUGCCGGCCGGCCGCCGUUGGCCAAUCCGCUCACGCGUGGCGGCACGCGUCGCCAUCGGCGCUGGGGUGCUCCUCGCCUUUUAGCUUUAAGCUUCCCAACUACACGGCUUGGCAAAGUUUGACUGACUGGCAGACAGACAUACAAGAACUCUGCAUGUGUGUGAGAGACGCCUUGGGUAGUGGGGCAGGGGGUGGGGGGUCCAUAACAGUAGCAAACAGGCCCAUUUAGGAGAUGAAAGAGCCUGAAUGGAGCCAAUCAAAGGGCAGUCCAGUGGCUGUGUGUGUGUGUGUGUGUGUGUGUGUGUGUGUGUGUGUGUGUGUGUGUGUGUGUGUGUGUGUGUUAGGGGUGGUCAUGGACAUUCAUCCCCAUGUACUCCUGCAGUCUGCCAUCAUCCCAUGUUGCCAAUGCGAGCCUACGUUGCAAGUGAUGGCGACAGUAUGAAGUCAGGCAAGAAAAGGUCAAUCCAACUCAACUGGCGGCCAUGAUGUCGCCAAAGCUCCUUUCGAUGUCCGCGGAGGUGCGUGGCUGAGGUGUGUCUAUCGGCAGGAAGGUCGUGGGGGGGUCUAGACUCACUGGAGCCUCAUUGAGACUGAAUGACUGCACUUGUGAGGGGAGGGUGCCAAGGAAGGGCUGCACCCUUUCAUGUGCGUAGAGGCGGGCCGCCGCCGCCGCCGCCUAUAAAAAAAAGCCGUGAGGCCCUCGCCCCCCCACUCCGCCCCUCCAGGAGGACGCUCACUUACCUGAACACACCACAGACGUCAUGAGAGGACACUUUUCCAUUGAGUGGAUGGCGCAAAGCAGCCGCCGGCAGCGACCCAGCGUCAGCGGGGCGGCUCUCGCCGGCGCCAGCACCGAGAGCCUGCCGGGGUUCUACCGGAGGGCCCUCCACGACAGUGGAGGAGCCCCAGCCAAGAGGCCCAAGAUGGACACCAACAGUGCUCCGGAGGCAGAGGAGGAGACGUCGGGCUACGAGAGCGAGCGUUCCCUCUCGCCGCCGCCGCCGCCAACGACGCCCCCGUCCGGCAGGAGGCCGCGCACGGCCUUCACGGCAGAGCAGAUUGGCAGCCUGGAGCGAGCCUUCAAGAGGAACGCCUACCUGGGCACGCAGGACAAGGCGCAGCUCUGCAGCAAACUCAACUUGUCCGACAAACAGAUCCGAAACUGGUUCCAGAACCGGCGCAUGAAGCUGAAGCGGACGGUGCAGGACGCCCUGGCGGCGCACGCCUGCCAGGCCAGCGCCGCGUCGCGCUUCAGCCCCUACCCUGAGCUGCGGGGGUUCGGGCCGGCGCCGUACCCACUCUACCACCACCACCCCGUGCCGCUGCCGCUGCAGGACGGCGCUUUGGCUCAGCCGUCGCCGCACAACCUGCAGUACGCCUCGCCUCUGGACCCGCUCUACCGAUACGGUGGAGUGCCGGGCGCCGUGUUGCCCGCCGCCGCCGCCGCCACGCCCCCGACUCCGCCUCCUCUGAUGGCAGCCUACGCGGCGUACUACUGACAGACAGACAGACAGACAGACACAGUGGCUCUGUCUCGCUCGGUGGACCUUGGUGUUUUAAAAUCUUUUUUGUUUGCGUGAUGACUGUUGUAUUUCUCACUCAAUUGCAAUAAAAUGCAGCCAUGCAUGUUG